GCCCGCCACAGCGAUGGCGGCGGGCAGCGCAGCCGAGGCGGCUCCCAGCGCCGUGUGGCUCGGCGGGGACACGGUGGAGUGGGUGCUGUGCCCCUACGACGUCCAUCACCGUGUCCCCCGCGCGUCGCUGGAGAGGCACGCGGCGUCCUGCCGCCUCCGCAGGAUGGGAUACUCGGCCGAGGAGGAGGCCGAGAUGUACGACUGCAGCUUUUUCUACGAAAACCUGAAGGUUCCCACCGUCGCCAUGGAUAAAGAUCUACAGUUUCACAUUGUUAAGCAGGCUAGAGCCCAAAGUGCCAAGGAAGGUGCAGGCUACAGUGAAGGAUCUUACUCAUUGCUGCCGGUAGAAGUUCCUCAAAACCACAAGCGUUUCACCUGUGACCUGACCCAAGCUGACCGCCUUGCUCUUUAUGAUUAUGUUGUUGAGGAAACAAAGAAACAGAGGUCUAGAUCCCAGAUAGUGGAAAAUGACAGUGAUCUCUUUGUGGAUUUAGCAGCGAAAAUCACCCAAGAGGAUAGUCAGAAAGGUCCAAAGUCCCAUCUUGAAAUUCUGGCUGAAAUGCGAGAUUACAAAAGGCGGCGGCAGUCAUACAGAGCUAAGAACGUUCAUAUAACGAAGAAGUCCUACACUGAGGUGAUUCGGGAUGUGAUUGGUGUGCAUAUGGAAGAACUCAGCAAUCAGUGGCAGGAGGAGAACAGGUUGGAUAAUGCAGAGAUAUGUGAAGGUGGGAAGUCGAAGUCUGCAGGAAGAAGGGAAGACAGGCGCUCAGCUUCAGUGGACUCACGGCAGUCUGGGGAAAGCAGUAAGGAUACGGAGUGCACGAGACACAGGAGAGACACCAGCAGGAGCCCAAGUAAACGAAGAAGGAGUCGUGAGAGAGGCAAAGACAGAGACUCUCGGAGGAAAAGAGAGAGGGAUGAAGACAAGUAUCACAACCAUAAAAGAAGAAAGUAGAAAGAAGAACCUGAUGAUUGUGUUCUUCAGCUGUUCAAAACAUAACUUCCACAAGAACUAUUGUUACUGCUGUUUUGCCCAAGACAGUAAAGGUGUACACAUGAUGUUGGUGUUGUAUCCCACCUGUGCUGUUUGGAGACAAAAACGUGCUAAGGUUUGUCAGGAUGGAAGCAGUAUAUUUCGAUAAUGUGUUAAUCUGUAACAUUUAUGCAUCUGAUAAGAAAUUAUAUUGAUCUCUCA